AGAGCUUAGCUGGUGGAGAAAAAAAAUUCUCAACAAUGGCGCUACGGACACUCUCAACGUUUCCUUCUCUUCCUCGUCGCUUCACGAGACGUGAACCCAAUCUCACCGUGGUUUACCGAAACCCGAAGACUUCUAUAUUCUGUAAAUCAAUUGCUAAUUCCGAGACUCCGGUUUCUCUCUCGGAACGAGAUGGGUUCGCUGCGGCAGCGCCGACUCCUGGAGAGAGGUUCUUAGAGAACCAAAGAGCUCAUGAAGCUAAGAAAGUGGUGAAGAGAGAGAUUAAAAAGGAGAAGAAGAAGAAAAAGGAAGAGAUUGUGCGGAAGGUUGUGGAUACUUCGGUCUCGUGUUGUUACGGCUGCGGAGCUCCGUUACAGACUUCCGAUGUUGAUUCUCCUGGAUUUGUCGAUUUGAUUACUUACGAAUUGAAGAAGAAGCAUCAUCAGUUAAGAACUUUAAUAUGUGGAAGGUGUCAGCUUUUGUCUCAUGGACAUAUGAUUACAGCAGUAGGUGGUAAUGGAGGAUAUCCUGGUGGGAAACAAUUUGUAUCAGCUGAUGAACUCCGUGAGAAACUUUCUCACUUGCGCCAUGAGAAAGCUUUGAUUGUUAAAUUGGUUGACAUUGUUGAUUUUAAUGGAAGUUUUUUAGCUCGUGUUCGUGACUUAGUUGGAGCUAAUCCAAUUAUACUGGUUAUAACUAAGAUUGAUCUUCUUCCGAAAGGAACAGAUAUGAACUGUAUUGGUGAUUGGGUCGUAGAAGUGACUACGAGGAAAAAGCUCAAUGUGUUGAGUGUCCAUCUCACAAGUUCAAAGUCUCUGGAUGGAGUUAGCGGAGUUGCAUCAGAAAUUCAGAAGGAGAAAAAGGGACGAGAUGUCUACAUUCUGGGGGCAGCUAACGUAGGGAAGUCAGCAUUCAUCAAUGCUUUGCUGAAAACAAUGGCGGAAAGGGACCCUGCUGCAGCAGCGGCACAAAAGUACAAACCAAUUCAAUCUGCUGUCCCUGGAACCACCUUGGGUCCAAUUCAGAUCAAUGCCUUCCUCGGAGGAGAGAAGUUGUAUGAUACACCGGGUGUGCACCUACACCACAGGCAAGCAGCUGUUGUUCAUUCAGAUGAUUUACCCGCCCUUGCUCCUCAAAAUCGGCUCAGAGGCCAAUCUUUCGAUAUUUCAACUUUGCCAACUCAAUUGUCAAGUAGUCCCAAUGGUGAGAGCUUAAAUGGUUUUACAUUUUUCUGGGGAGGUCUAGUCAGGAUCGACAUCUUGAAGGCUCUACCAGAAACAUGUUUCACAUUCUAUGGACCAAAGGCUCUUGAUAUUCAUGUUGUACCAACCAAAUCAGCGACUGACUUUUACCAGAAAGAACUGGGUGUGCUUCUGACACCUCCAUCAGGGAAAGAUCAGAUUCAAGAAUGGAAAGGAUUACAAUCUCACCGUUUACUCCAAAUUGAAAUCAUUGAUUCAAAAAGACCGGCUAGUGAUGUGGCGAUUUCCGGGUUGGGAUGGAUUUCAAUUGAACCAAUCCGCAAAACACGAGGAACAGAACCUAGAGAUCUCAAUGAAGCAGAGCAUGAUAUACGUAUCUGUGUCAGUGUGCCAAAACCAGUUGAAGUAUUUCUACGACCAACAUUGCCGAUUGGUGCUUCAGGUACUGAAUGGUAUCAGUAUCGUGAGUUAACCGAUAAGGAAGAAGAAGUAAGACCCAAAUUGUACUUCUGAAAUUUUGUUUAGUUGCAAAAGUGUUGGCUAAGUUUGCUCAAACUAGAGUUAUACAUAUGUAAUAAUGGUAAAAUAGAAAAUUGUUUGUAAUGAAAUUUACUAAAGUAGUAUUUAAUAAA